AUGUCCGCAGAUCUGUUAGCAGCGUUUGGCCAGGCACCUGUUCCAGACAGCAAGUCCAUACAGAAGCCAUCGCAAUACCGAAAACCCCCGUUCCUCACUGUCGACGGGAACUUCGAUUUCUUCGGGUCAUCAGAAAGUGUGCAGCACAAGGAACGUUCCAAUCCGAACCCGGCAGCAGUCAGUCAAUUUGCAGCUCCUGAAGCCUCACGGCAAAGCCCUGGUCAUCAGGAAUUUGACCUUCCGUUGAAUCCAGGUAGCGAUUUAUUUUUCGAUGCAGCAUUGGACGCACCAGCAAGUGAUGAAGACGAUUGGGGUGAAUUCGAGGGCCCUGAUGCAAACACUCAACAUGCACAAUCAACGUCUCUUUGGCGAUCCACAAUAACUAUGUCGCCGUCGCCAGAGCCUCGGCAAGAUUCUACGCAGGUUUCUACUACAAUUGACUUGCUGGAUUCACUCUCUAUGCAAGACUCAAGACUAGUUGUGAAACAUCCGUCGACAAUUGCCAAAAAGAACCCAAACCUUGGACAUAGUAACAACCAACAUCAGGCGACAUGGGAGGAUGAUUCUUUUGGUGACUGGGGCGAUUUCACUGAUGCACCUGCUAGCCAACCCACCCCCAAGGUCUCCGAGAAAAGAACACAACCUCCUAGAACAUCACCUACAAAGCCGCCUGUUAAAUCUACUAAUGCGCCUGCAUCAACCUGGGAUGACGAUGCCUUCGAUGACUGGGGUGAUUUCUCAGAUGGGCCUAUUGUGAAGGCUCUACCCAAAUCCAAACCCGCCUCACCGCCGACGGCCCCUAGCCCGGCUCCUAGUAGUUCUGUCUCUGGGACCACAGCCCCAACGGCCACCAUUCGUCCAACAAACAUUCCACCGCCAUCAAUCCUUCUCGAGUUAUUCUUAGAUGUGUUUGAGAAUCUUCGGAAAGAGGCUACACUCGCAAAAUCCCAGCUGCGAUCCUCGGCUUCACCGUCCUCACAGGCCGUUUCAACUACAGCCUUGAACGUUCACCUUGUUCUUCAAACGGCCGCCCGCAUCAUUGCCGGUCGUAGUCUCCGAUGGAAACGUGACACAAUUCUUAGUCAAAGUAUGCGAAUCGGCCCUGCCCGUUCUGGCAAAGCCGGUGGGAUGAAACUUAACAGCGUGAACAAACAAGAGAACAUCAAAGAAGAACAAGAUGCCGUCGAUGUGCUCACUACUUGGCGUGAACGGGCGGUGGUGUUCAAUGCUAUUCUACAAGCCGCAGGCCAGCGGCCGAUCCCUGUUGUCCAAGAUCCUAGUGCGUUCAAGGUUAUUACGGCACGGGCGGACCAGGGCGCAUUGAAGGCAUCCCAUCCAUGUGCACUCUGUUCCCUUAAAAGAGAUGAGCGGGUGUUACGGGUGGAUGAACAAAGCGUUCAAGACAGCUUUGGAGAAUGGUGGACUGAGCAUUGGGGUCACACGGCAUGCAGGCAAUUUUGGGAGACAAAUCGAAAUCUACUUGGGCAGCGUUGA